CAACUUUUUGCAGAAGAAGCGCGCGCGCCUGGGAGUGCUUGGGGUCCGGCGCUUGCGGCGGCUGCCAGGAGUGAGAGAGCGAGAAAUUAAGCGAGUGAGAGAGCGAGCGCGGGUCCCGGGCCGCCGCCGCCUCCUCUCCGGUCGCCGCCGCAGCCGCCGCCGCAGCAGGGAACGGGGCCGGGGGGGAGGGGGGCAGCCGCGGACGCGCGCGGCCAAGGACUUUGCAACUUGCCGGAGAAGGUGGAGGGGCGGGAGGGGGAGGGGCGCCCGCGAAGGAGACCGAGCGCCCAGCCCCGCCGCGGACCAUGGUGCAGCAGGCCGAGAGCUCGGAAGCCGAGAGCAACCUGCCCCGGGACGCGCUGGACACCGAGGAGGGCGAGUUCAUGGCGUGCAGCCCGGUGGCCCUGGACGAGAGCGACCCGGACUGGUGCAAGACGGCGUCGGGCCACAUCAAACGGCCCAUGAACGCCUUCAUGGUGUGGUCCAAGAUCGAGCGCAGGAAGAUCAUGGAGCAGUCGCCCGACAUGCACAACGCCGAGAUCUCCAAGAGGCUGGGCAAGCGCUGGAAGAUGCUGAAGGACAGCGAGAAGAUCCCGUUCAUCCGGGAGGCGGAGCGCCUGCGCCUCAAGCACAUGGCUGAUUAUCCCGACUACAAGUACCGGCCGCGCAAAAAGCCCAAGACAGACCCAGCGGCCAAGCCCAGCGCGGGCCAGAGCCCCGACAAGAGCGCGACGGGCGCCAAGGCAGCCAAGGGCCCCGGCAAGAAGUGCGCCAAGCUCAAGGCGCCUGCGGGCAAGGCGGGCGCGGGCAAGGCGGCGCAGCCCGGGGACUGCGGCGCGGGCAAGGCAGCCAAGUGCGUCUUCCUGGACGACGACGAUGAAGAAGAGGACGAGGAUGACGAGCUGCAGCUACGGCCCAAGCCGGACGCUGACGACGACGAGGACGAGCCCGCGCACUCGCACCUGCUGCCGCCGCCGGCGCAGCAGCAGCCCCCUCAGCUGCUGAGGCGCUACAGCGUGGCCAAGGUCCCCGCCAGCCCCACGCUCAGCAGUGCCGCCGAGUCCCCCGAGGGCGCGAGCCUGUACGACGAAGUGCGCGCGGGCGGCCGGCUCUACUACAGCUUCAAGAACAUCACCAAGCAGCAGCCUCCGCCCGCGCCUCCCGCGCUGUCGCCCGCGUCCUCCCGCUGCGUGUCCACCUCCUCAUCCAGCGGCAGCAGCAGCGGCAGCGGCGCCGAGGAUGCCGACGACCUCAUGUUCGACCUGAGCUUGAAUUUCUCCCAGGGCGCGCACAGCGCCUGCGAGCAGCCACUGGGCGCGGGAGCGGCGGGAAACCUGUCCCUGUCGCUGGUGGAUAAGGACCUGGAUUCCUUCAGCGAGGGCAGCCUGGGUUCCCACUUCGAGUUCCCCGACUACUGCACGCCGGAGCUGAGCGAGAUGAUCGCGGGGGACUGGCUGGAGGCGAACUUCUCCGACCUGGUGUUCACGUAUUGAGGGGCGCAGGGCUCCUCGGGAGGCAGUCGUGGCGGUCAGGAUAAAGAGGAUGGUGGGGGGAGGGGGAGAAGAUGCUCAUGGUCAGAGAUGUGGCGCAGAGAAAUUGGAAACGGUGAUGAAAUGUUGUUGGAGUUAAAGUGAAAUGAGUAGUUUUAAACAGAUUUUCCAGUUUUUUUCUUUAAAUUUUUAAUUUUUUAAAAUUUUUUGGUCUCCCCACUCUUCCCGUCCUUUAUCGUGUCUCAAGGUAGUUGCACACCUAGUCUGGAGUUGUGAUUUUCCCCACCCGUAAAAAAAAAAAAAAAACGUGUUUUGUAAUUUCUAUUUCUUUUUCCUGAAAUUCGUGAUUGCAACAAAGGCAGAGGGGACCGGGCGGGGGAGGGGAGGAGGCCCCGCUCCGGAAGGCGCUGUUUGAAGCUUGUGGCUCUUUGAAGUCUGAAAGACAUCGGCAGAGGACCCUUUAGACGGCACAACUGUUACUCUAGGGAGUUGAUUUUUUUUUUUCUUAAGAGAUUUAAAAAGGAACUGGUGAUUUAAAAAAAAAAAAAAAGAAAAACACAAAAAGGGACCAUUGCAACCUUUUUAUUUUCUUUUCUUUUUUUGGAGGGAGAAAGCUGAUGUCUUCUAUGCAUCCGAUUUCUUAAACUGCAGGGAGCUUGAAAAAAUGCAGUCUGUACAAACGCUUACAAAAAUCAUAACUGUGAACUGACUUAAGACCAGAGUUUACUUUUCAGAUCCAAUUGUUUAUGGUUUUACAAAUGUGAUUUCUACUUGGCAACCUUUUUUUGGUAACUCGUUCCCUUAUACCUCCUUGAUUGAAUACCUUACAGCCUAGACCUCAGUACAAAAAAGGUAUUGAAACAUUUUUGAUACAUAACAGACCUCAAUCUUUUUUAAAAAUUAAUAUAUUUUCAGGCGUAUUUUUGUACAGUGAAAGGGAACAAUCUUGCUGUGUUUUUUCAGUAAGACUUUCAGGCACUUCUUCCCUUUUGAUUUUUCUUUUUUUUCUCUUCUUAAUUUUGUUUUUCUUUUUUUGUUUUUAGCAUGCAAAUAUGUUGGUACGUUAUGUCCUGGUUUAAAAGGAUUAAAAAUUUAAAAGUAAUCCUUGCAUCUAAAGGCCUUGUGGUUUUAAAAAAAAAAAAAAAAGCAAACUUUUUUUGUACAGCUAUAGUAGAGAUUUGUUCAAUAUUUGUAGGUAAAGAUUUAUUGAAAAUGGUGACCUAGACCUCAGAGCUGUUCUUAGUUUAAGACUGUAUGUACUGUAUCAUAGUAGGACCUAUGUAUCUCAUCGCUGUGAUGUGUGGACGGGGCCCCAGACGGAAGGUUUGAAACUGGAUACGCGAUUUUUAUCAAAAAGAAAAAGGAAAGGCACAUAGUUUAAAAUUUUCUCAUUUUGUGCAAUAUAAUCUAAAUAAACAGACCAUUGCAUAUUUAGUAGCAAAUGGUGGCGAAGCAGACUCAAUGCACUGUCGAAGUCACCGCCGGGGUUUUUGGGUUUUUUUGUGUGUGUGCUGAAGUCUGUGUCUUGAUUUUAAUAAAUCAGCAGGAUCUGAUAGAAGCUCGCAUGGCCCAUAUUCUCUCUUAAGUCCACCCGGGGGCCGCGUGUUCACUGCGCAGCGGACGCGGGUCGCAGAGGGCGGAUGCCGCUUUUUGGAGCCCUUAGGCUGCCAUAGGUGGCAGACCGGUGUCCUCCCUUCUCACCCCGCCCUGCGUCUCCAUCCCCGCCGUGGGCUUCGCGCUGGUCGGUGCGUAGCAAGUCUGGAGCUAAUGUCCACAGGGCUAGGCCUCCGCUUCUGGCUUUGGCUUUUUUUUUUUUUUAAAUCUCCACCCCCAUCCGCGGGCGGCAUCGCUGCGCGCGCGCGCGCUCAAUGAGAUACGAGUGGAGAGGGCCGCGCCCUUCAGCGUUAUCCACGCGGGUGGGGCAAGAGGAAAGCAAAUGCGCCUGGAGCCGCCUCCACGGUGCAGGGUGGCUUUGGUUUCUUUGAUGGAGCAUUUGCCUCCGGGAGCCCGGUCCAGCCCUCCCCUCCCCCACUCCCUCCCCCCGCCAGCUUGUCCCUCGUGGUGUCCCGCGCGGCAAGCCCAACUCCCCGGGGCCGCGGCGCCCGCGACCGAGGAGCCCUUCAGCAGUGAAUUGAAACUCGGUGCCCAACAGCCCGACUCUAGACCCACAGAAACCGUUACGGCGCGGGCGCUGGCCGCGGGGACUUAGCCAGUAGGGAUCCAGGUCGGUGCCCCACGCAAGACAGGCGCUGCAGGUAGAGAGCUCGCCCUCACAGAGCAGCGCGAUCUCACAGCGCGCGUGGGUGGGGCGGCGACCCGGUGUGGCUUUUUCGGGCUUCCCUCGCCCACCCCUCCCCCCACAGCGCUCUGCUGUGAGCCACGCGGGGGACCUUUAAGCCACGAAUAAUUCCACCAGCGGUUUACAGGGGACAGAUUCUGAAGCCUAAGGAAAAGGCAUUCUGAGUGUCUUGAGAUCUUAACAUUUGCAUGUGUUCCUGUUUUCCGUCGGGCGUUUUCCUUGGUGAGGAAGGAACUUUUAAAUAAAUUAGAAAAGGUGUGAGGAUUUGGCUUCAGAAUGGAAGCAUAGCAGUAAUUUGUAUUUUAAAAUUAUGUGGCCGAGUUUCUUGGUAGGAAAAUAAGAGACAGUUCUUGGUUGGAGAUCAGGAAAAAAAUUUUUUUUUUUUUAAUCCCAGUUAGAACUCAGGAAAGGCGCUUGAAUGCGCUUUUAACAAUAUUUAAAGCGGUUUAGACGAAUGCAUUGUGAAGACCAUUCCCAGUGAACUCUAUUGAAUGUCUAAUACACAAGAUAUUCCAGCUACUGGCUAGGCUUCAAUAAAAGUUUAGCUGCAUUUUUUUUUUUUCCUCCUAAGUAAGUCUUAUUUUUAACUGAGCAUUGACAGUAUCUUAAAAUGGUAACGUGGGCGUGGGCGUUGUGUGCAUAGCAGUCUAGCCGGUUGGGUACCCUGCUCCUGUACCUAGUUCACAGACUCGAGUGCAUUUUUUUUUUUUUUUUUUUUUUGGCGAGAUUUCCAUCUUUGAAGAAAAAAACAAAAACACCUGAACCAGCGUUCUCUUAUUCUUUAAGCUGUGGAAAUAAUUUCCAGUUUCUACAUUCUCGAUAUGCAUCCUUCUUAUUAAAAAGAGAUAAUACGAAUGAAAGGCAGUGUGCUUAAAGUGUGCUUUGCAAAUACAUGUUAUGAAUGACUACGGUCACUGGGCAAAUUAUUUGUAGAAUGAUUAGCCUUUAGCUAGAAAAAAAAAAUCAUUGCAGCUCUUUUGGGCCUGGAUGGUUCUUUUUAAUGUUAAUGGAGGGGAAGUGAUUUAAAUAUGCAUGCUCUUAGCAGUCAGGAUCUGACUUUAGUUGUUUUGAGAGA